AUGAGAGACGAGAUACACGAUCUCUCCCAUGCUGGUAGCUCAGAUGAUGAGCAUUUACUCUUCAAUGCCUUCUUGAUACGCUCUGCGAUGAUUCCGAGUGGAUCGUAUAUACUGGCUAGCCACGAUAGAGCUUCGCGGAGGGUUAAGGGGAAGGCGGUCUUGAAGUCAUUAGAGCAAGAAACUUGUGGAUCACUAGACUCUAUGAGAAUUCGUACCUCCAACUUCGCGCUUCCCGACUAA